AGCUACAUGGAAACAGAAAACCAAACAGGAGUUUUAGAGUUUAUCCUCCUUGGAAUUUCUGAUAAUGCAGAAUUGCAACCCCUCAUAUUUGGGAUUUUCCUGACCAUGUACCUGGUCACCAUGCUUGGGAAUCUGUUCAUCAUCCUGGCUGUUUGCUCUGAUCCCCAUCUCCACACCCCUAUGUAUUUCUUCCUCUCUAACCUGUCCUUGGCUGACAUCUGUUUCAGCACCACCAUAGUCCCCAAGAUGCUGAUGAACAUUCAUUCUGACAACAAAAUGAUCUCCUAUCUGGACUGUUUUGCUCAGGUCUUUUUCACCAUGCUUUUCCCUAUUCUGGACACUGUACUCCUGACUGUGAUGGCCUAUGACCGGUUUGUGGCAAUUUGUCACCCUCUGCACUACACACUCAUCAUGAGCCCUCGCCUCUGCUGCCUGUUGGUGUUUAUUUCCUGGUUCAUUGGCAUCAUGAUAUCCCUCCUCCAUAUUUCUUUGAUGAUGCCUCUGAGCUUCUGUAGAUGUAGUGAAAUUAUACAUUUCUUCUGUGAACUGCACACGAUUCUCAUGUUGGCCUGCUCGGACACCCUCCUGAACAGUAUUUUGAUGUAUUUAAUGACUGGUGUGCUGGGAGUUAUUCCCCUUUUGGGGAUCCUUUUCUCUUACUCACAAAUUAUUUCAUCCAUCAGUAAGAUGUCCUCAGCUGGGGGGAAACAAAAGGCAUUUUCUACUUGUGGCUCUCACCUCUCAGUUGUUUCUCUGUUUUUUGGGACAGGUGUGGGUGUCUACUUCACUUCUGCAGUGACUAACUCUUCCACGUUAGUCGCAAUCGCUUCGGUGAUGUACACUAUAGUUACCCCCAUGCUGAACCCCUUCAUAUACAGCAUGAAGAACAAGGAUGUCAAGGGGGCCCUGUGGAGGCUGCCCAGCAAAAUAGUCUCUUGUCUGUGA